CAAUAAAGAUGGCGACUCGCGGCUUCACUGCCCGUGUACGGCGCUAGCUGCUUCCCCUGUGUGUGAGUGAAGCCGCGUUGCCAGGACUUUCUUUAACCUGUGAACUCCAGAGUGUGUCAGUCCGCCGCCAUAUUGACUGUUGUCUUGACUGGAGGAGAUAGAGAACAUUUUGAGGUCCGAGAAGAAACGAAAGUGUGCUCGUAAAAUCACUGAAACUGGUGCAAACUUGGCCAAAGCGGAUCAUAAACCAGCGUUGUUAUGGCGAGGAAGAAAAGCAAGCAGCAAGGGGCCGCCCAGAAGGAGACUGUGGCUGGGCAGCAACCCGCACCGAAGAGCCCAGUCUCUCCCGGCGAUGCAGCUGGCGGCGGCGGCGGCGGAGAUGCUGGGCUGGAUGGGCUGCCCACUACCAGGGCGAACCAGCCUAUGCACACCUGCUGCCUGCUGUGCCACCGCGAAUUCAAGGACUGGGGGCCAAACUCUGUCAACGGGCUCCCAGGGGCCCAGGGGACCAAGCUGGCCGACGCCGUGCCGGCGCUCUCCCAGGCCUUAUUGCGGGAGGCGCCGGGGCGUAAGCUUGCUGAUGCCGUGCCCUCGCUGUCCCAGUCCUUGCUGGGAGAGGUUCCUCUGUGGAUCUGCCAAAGCUGUUGUAAGAGUGUGGAAGAGGAGGAGAGGCGGAGCAGCCAGGAGCAGCCAACGCAGGUACCAUUGUCACACUCUUCUUCCUGCAAGUCCCAGAGCUGUGGGAACGGUUACCCAGAGCAAAGUACUGUAGACUGGGACCCGAGUUCCUUCCUGUCAGCUCACAAACUGUCAGGUCUCUGGAAUUCUGCCCACACCAACGGAGUGGAGCACUGCAACCACACCACUUCAUCACACGCUCAACAAGGUUUAAUGGCAGGAACAGCGUGUUAUGAGAAAAGAGGACUUCAUGAAGCACCUGGAAAAUCUGCAAAAGCCUCAGGGGCGAAAGUUUGUCCCUACAGUCACCCAUCAACCCAGAACUCCAGUGGAUCUUCUGCUGGUAACUCUUUGUCUACCUCAGCAGACCUUUGUAAGACCACUCCCAAGCACUUCAAGACCAUGUGCCGUCGACCAACGCCACCAGGUGAAGCCUUUCAUCCCAGUGACCACCAUCAACACACGGACCUGUCUGUACCCCCAAACAGUCCCACAGGUCUGUCAUCGCAGCAUUCCUCCCUCCUGCCCCCAAAGCCAAGCUCUGGACAACAAGGUCAUGUAACGUCCUCGUCAGGCACUGGGGUGGCAAGUCACGCUUCGUUUUCACCGCUGGUACCGAGCCUACAUGGCCCUACAGCCAAACUCAACUCUCCCAGUCCAGAUAGUCCAACGUCGCUCCAUAAGCCCAGCCCAUGCAAAAACUCCCACAUUCCUCCGGUAAACACACAACACAGCAAACUGGGCACGUCUCUAUGUAACCACUCCUGCAAUGGACACAGUCAGGGAACAGUACCCACCUCCGGUGUUGGUCAUCUGACAGCUGGGUCAUGCAGGGAUCAGGCAUGUAAGGGGCACAAGCUGACUAAUGGGAAUUUGUGCCACCCUCCACCGGAGCUGGAUGAGGUGGAGGAUGAAGACAGCAGCUCUGAGAGGAGCUCCUGUGCUUCCUCUUCCACCAACCAGAAAGAUGGGAAGUACUGCGACUGCUGCUACUGCGAGUUCUUUGGACACAAUGCGCCUCCAGCUGCACCAACUAGCCGGAACUACGCAGAAAUACGAGAGAAACUGCGCUCUCGUCUGACACGGCGCAAAGAGGAGCUGCCGCAGCGUCAAGAUUCAGAACUGACAAUGCCCGGGUCCAUUGACAACCGAGAUGUAGACGAGCUGCUAGACUUCAUAAACAGUUCUGAACCAAAACCCGUAAAUAGUGCCAAGGCUGCCAAAAGGGCUCGACACAAACAGAAGAAGAAGGAAAAAGCUCAGCAAGGCAACACAGGUGCUUCAGACAAUGACCCCCACUCCAAUCGAUCUGAACCCGUUGACUCGCUCAUCGCCGAUGAUCCGGAAGCCAGUCGGUUACUGGACUGGCCUCAGCUGGAACUGGAGCGUGUCAACAGUUUCCUCACCAGUCGUCUCGAAGAGAUUAAGAACACUAUAAAAGACUCAAUUCGGGCCUCGUUUAGUAUGUACGAUCUCAAUCUGGAUGUCAAUGACUUCCCAAAGAAGGCAGCCACAUUGGAGGGCAACCAUUUACUGUCCCACCUCAAUGGGUCAUCUGACUUGCAGCAGAUAGACCUUGACCUUGCUCCUCUUUCACUGGGCUCAUUUAAAAGCCACUUGGACCUGGUUAAUGGAUGGGAAGAUACAACGGUGCUGGAUUCUAAUACCACCACACCACCGGGGGUCACUACUGUUGCCUCAAAGGACAUCCAGCGAUUGCACACUACCCCAAGCCUCUCAAAGCUCAUAAGAGUUCGCUCCCCAGAAAGAUGCAGCUCCACUGGAUCUGACAACUUGCCACAGGUGCUAGCACAAACAGCUGCUAAAUCAAGAGAGGACACCCCUGAUCCCAAAAACACAACAACUGGGAGUAUUGGUGCCAAGUCAAAGAAGAAUAAAAAGCAGCAGCAAAGACAGGACCAAUCUGCGUCAGAGCAAAGUUCCAACAAACCAACCAAAGCUGCCUGUUGGAAUGAAACACAGAAAACAGGCGAGUCUAAAGAAAUGGCUUCUAAUGGGUCUAAAGCUGGCAACAGACAAACUCUGCAAUCUGUAGACAUCCAGAGAAAUGGGCCCAAGAAAGCAGAGGAGAGCAGAUCAUCCAAACAGGCAGCAAAUGGAACAAAUGGCCUCUCGAAUUUACAAAGAGGGAAAGGGGACACAGACGCAAGGGGAGGCCGGUCUGAGCAGGAUUCAGAGGGCAAAGCUCAUCCCACCAUUCCAGUAAAUGGACAGCUACAGCAGCAACCCAAGGGGAAAAAUAAGAAGAACAAGAACAAGGGAGAAAAAUCCAGCAGUGUGAUUGAUGAUGUGUUUCUCCCAAAAGACUUGGAUCCAACAGAAAUGGAUGAGAUUGAUCGGGAAGUGGAAUACUUCAAAAGGUUUUGUCUUGAUUCAGCAAAACAAACUCGCCAGAAGGUAGCAGUGAAUUGGUCCAACUUCAGCCUCAAAAAGGUUCCUUCCAAUGCAGCUCAAUAACUUGUUGAAUGGAUGAAUGCCGGAAAAAAGCUUCACACCACAAACUCUUUAGUAGACCUCAGUUUUGGCCUGAGGCCUUUUCUCAUUCCCCAUUUUUCCUUACUAAGCCAAGGGACCCUGGUUCAAAACAAUGCUCUCCGUUCAGCAGAUCUUCACUUUUGGCUGACCAGCCAAGGAUUUAUUUCUUACUCAAGACCAACUUUACAUUUUGCUAAAACUGCAAUGUUCACAAUGGAAAAGUCUGUGCAAUCCACUGCAAACAUGUCCUUACGUAUGUAGUAUGUAAACGGAAAUACAUGAAAUAAAUGUUUUUAUCACAAAUCCGA